GGCAAUUGUUUUAUUCACACAGCGUAUGCAAUUAUCCCUCUUGCAUAUACAGAACAAACGACAAAGCCUAUUAUUCAGAUUUUGGUUUGCUAGAAAUCCAAUCUUUGAUCUGUCACUUUUCCUUAAUUGUGCUUUCUAUAGUACAACCCCUUCUUUAUUUCACAUAGUUUCCACGUUCUCAGUUGGAAAUCAACUUGACCACAAUUUAUAUCUACCACACACAGCAUCACCGUACCCCAAUUCCGACCUACAAGGAGGAGACGUUUGAAGUACUUGUGAAAAUGCCUUCGGCCCCAAAUUUCGAUCUUUACGAGGCUCUCGAGGUCCCCAGGGAUGCGUCUGCACAAGACAUUAAAAAAUCGUACCGUCGACUAGCAAGAGUCCAUCAUCCAGAUAAGAAUCUUGAAAAUGUCAAUGCCACUGAAAAAUUUCAAAAGGUACAAGCUGCUUACGAAAUACUAUCUGAUGAGCGUCAACGCAGAGACUAUGACCAGCCAGUUCUUUUAAAUCUGUUUAGUGGUCAUGGAAGGCAGUACCACCCACCAGAAAACUACGAAGAUGAGUAUGAUGGGAUGGAGGAGAUGAUGUUCGACCAAUUUCUACGCAUUUUCUUUACUCGCGCAUCAUCAAGACCCGGCUAUAACCGAUCUGCUGAAUUCGAGGCCGAAAUGGAACGCAGAGAACGGGAAGCGAAAUUGAGGAGAGAAGCAGAGGCUGCCUGGGAAGCUGAUCGAGCCACUGCCCGACUCGAAAAAGCGCGACGAGACGCUGCCGAAAAAGCCAAGCGUGACGCCAAAGCCGAGUUGAAAAAGACAAUGGAAGAUGAUGCAGCUAAUCUGAAAGAGAAGACUGAGAUGGAAUACAAGUUGAAGAUGGAGCUCAUAUUUGCUGCGAACGGUUGUGUCACGGAUGCUGAGAAGCAAACGUGCUGCGAGCACUGCUUCUUUUGGCCAAAGGAACAUAUGAAGAGAAAGUUCAAGUGUUUAACCUGUGGCCAGAAGAGAGGAAUGACACAGUAUAAAUGCCCAUACUGUGCCUUGGCUCUCUGUCAACUGUGUCUUGGUGCAAAAAGGUUUACAAAGAAACUGUAGACGAUAAGUCACCAACCGAAGGAAAGAAACCGCAGAUCUACACGAGAUCUUUGUAAGUCCCUAAUAUCUCAUGCUGUGGUAAACGUACGUCACGCAUAGCGUGGACAGAAUGAUCAUUGGUAGUUCAUGACCUAUCAAAGGCGAAGUUUAGUAAAGUUCCAAUAGCGUUGAAGUUUCUUCAGAACUCUCAUGGUUUCAACUUGGGAAGAAAAGUGGGAGAGGAAUACCAGAUAGAAUUACAGGAAAAUGAUUCAUCUUUGGUCA